UUACUUCCGGUUUAAGGGAAAGUACGAGUAGAGUUGUGAUUGUUUAUAAACUGCUGCAAAACCAUGAACAUGUGAGACAGAAGACCCGCCAUAACUAAAAUGGCCAGUUUCGAGGUGUUCAAUGGUCAAGAUCCAGGCAGACGGACAGACAAUAAUUAUGUUGAGACAACAUUUGGCACCAGCAAUGGUCUUUCUCCUAUAACCACUAUUAAAAGUUCUGACGAACCAGACAAAUAUGAUUCGGCCAUCUCCCGAGGAACAACCGGAGGUGUAUCCAGUCCCACCUUUCAGAGAUCAGACACCUUGUUAGUAGUACCCCACCAACAUAAACGAACAAAUUCCAAUGUUUCUAGGAUAUCUGCCCUCAGUGCUGAAGAGGAGGAAAUUACUGUGUUUGUUGAGUCACCGAACAAGAAGCUAUAUUGUAGACUUUGUCAGAAAGUUUUCAAAGAACCUGUGAUUGUGUCAUGUGGGCACACAUACUGCCAUCGAUGUGUCUCCGCCAACCCUGAAGCUGCAUGUCCAGUAGAUGGAAAAUCUCUAGACAUUAUAGUGGCCAAUAUCACUUUGUCAGAGCAGAUAGGGGAUCUGUUUAUCCACUGUAAAUAUGGCUGUUCACUGUCAAUGGACGGUCAGGGCUAUGUGGUAGACUCCAGCAAGUGUCCUGUGCAGUGUCGCAUCACCAAUAGAAGUGAACAUGAGGACAGUUGUGACUUCAUGGCAAUGGAGUGUCCAAACAAUAGUGGCUGUCCUGCUAUACUUAAAAAGGAUUUAGAGGACCAUCUAAAGACAUGUAAUAGAGCUCGCUGUCCACAUAACCGAUUUGGAUGUGAGUUUAUGGGUAUACAUGAUGAACUAGAUGAGCAUUUGAAAGUUUGUAAAUUUGAAGGAAUGAAAGAGUAUAUUCAUCGCACUGAAGAAAAAAUGUCAGAUAUGCAAUAUUCACUAAAUCAAAAGGACCAAGAGGUAGGCUUUCUGCGUUCUAUGUUAGGAAAGUUAGCAGAGAGAUUGGAAAACAUGGAGAAACAGACAGAAGAUCGAGUAGAGCACCUUGAGCACAGACUUGGAGAUGUUGUAGAGGAAUUAGUUAGUGUCAAGAGAGAAAACACUGUUAUGCAGGAUGAUUUAGAGCAAGUGAAGAAUGUGUUGAGCUCUAGAAGUCUCCCGUAUGCACCUUACGAUCCUCUUCAGAUGUUCAAGUGUAGAGGGACCUUUGUUGGACACCAGGGACCAGUUUGGUGUUUGUGUGUCAAUAAUGACUUCUUAUUCAGCGGUUCCUCCGAUAAGACAAUAAAGGUUUGGGACACUGGCAAUAACUACAAAUGUUUGAAGACACUGGAAGGCCACUCUGGCAUUGUACUAGCUAUUUGUACCUAUGGCAACAAAUUGUACAGCGGCUCGCAAGACAGUAGCAUCAUUGUGUGGAACAUUGACAGCUUUGAACAGGUGACAGUGAUAGACGCCCACUGUAACCCAGUGUGUACGCUUGCCUCCACCAAAAGCUUGCUCUUCAGUGGCUCCCUCAAGGUCAUCAAGGUUUGGGAUGUACACACUAAUGAGUUGAAGCAGGAACUGACAGGACUGAACCACUGGGUGCGGGCACUCGUGGCAACUCAGAACCACCUGUAUAGUGGUUCAUAUCAGACCAUCCGGAUCUGGGAUCUGGAGACGUUGGAAUGCCUACAGAUGCUGGAGACAUCAGGUGGCAGUGUAUACAGUAUAGCUAUCACAAACUACCACAUCCUGUGUGGUACAUACGAAAAUGUCAUUCAUGUGUGGGAGCUUGAAUCAAAAAAUCAGAUUGUUACCUUGAAAGGUCACACAGGAACGGUGUACGCCUUGGCUGAGUUACAAACAUCUUCGGGAACAAAGAUAUUCAGUGCCUCAUACGAUCGAUCAUUGAGGGUAUGGAGCAUGGACAACAUGAUCUGUACCCAAACAUUACUGCGACAUCAGGGUAGUGUUGCCUGUCUGGCCCAGUCACGUGGUAGGAUAUUCUCUGGUGCUGUUGACAGUACUGUGAAGGUAUGGCAGUAGCUGAAGAUAUUACAAAGAUUCAUCAAAAUUCAAAAGAGCUGCUUAGAGAUGAAGAGACCAAGCUUACAUCAAAAGUGAUUUUAUUGAUGCUUACAAAGACUGAAAGAUUUUAUAUGGAAUUCUUUUGUGACUUCUCACAAUUUAAUUCACAAGAUUUUUAAAACGUAUUUAUUAUUGUUAUUUAUAUCAAAUGUAAUAAAAUUCACUAAAAUCUUUUAACUCUCAGUUAA